GCUCCAAACGAGUCGUCAUUGCUCAUGCGUCUGUCUGCCGGCAGGCUGCGGUACCGCGCACUGAGCACGUGAGGUCAGCAGUAACCGGGACCAGCUGCCGCUGCCAGCACUCGCACCAGCUUACUCCCGUACGGAAGCCAUACACGCUCUGUGGCGUCGUUGGCGGAGGUGCCGCCCUGCGACAUCCGGUGUGCGGUUCUUUCCUCUCAGAGGGCAGCCGUCUGCGGUGCGUGAGCUGGAGUCUUCACCGGAGAGCCCCAGCCGGGGCCGCAGGGCCUUUCUCAGCGCCGUCCGGGCGCGGCGCAGCUGCUCCGUCACUCUUCUUACCCCUCGAGCUGGCGAGCUGCGAGUGCAACCCGAACCAGGCUGUUGGCAGCGCGGUGCGCGCAGGACCGCCCUGCCCGCGGCUGCCGCUGCCCGGUUCAGGUUUAAGAAUCUACAAGUGGCCCUGAAGUUAAGUUGUAUACUGGUUCCCCCCAACUUGCCUCUGAUAUUUAGGGUGGGGUAGGUACUAAAAUACCUGAGGAGACAGAUAAUUUUUGGUCCACUGAAAAACUAUGCAAGUUGGAAAAGCUUUUUCAGGAUGAUGCAGGUGUAUUGGUCAAGUUCCUGACGUGAGUUACUGGAAUUGGGUACAACCUUUUUGCCCUGUUUAUUUGAUGGAGUUAUGAACAGAAACUGGGAGGCUGGAGACUGUGAGAAGAAAGAAUUUUGGUUUAUGCAGCAGUGCCCAAACUGAGACACCAGAUGUGAAAUUCACUGAAAGAAAGGGGUACAGAGUUGCCUGAUAUGGACUUUGCAGUAGAGAAGUAGAAGUGGUGACUUCAUGUGUGCAAGUUGAGAUGGGAAGGAGAGAGGAGCUGGUCAAAAAGAGAGCCAUGAAAAACUGAGAGUACUAAAAGUGGAGAGGUAGAGUAGGAGCCUUUAGACAUGUGGUAGGAGAUCGGGCCAGGCAUAAUGGUAUUCCACAGUGUGUUUCUCAGAGGAGCAAAGGGGCCCUGAAGCAGAAGGAAAAUCAGGGCUGUUCAGGAAGGUGCUGUAAGAAGGUACCAGGCUUGUUCCAGUUUCUGUUCCUUGCCUAGAGAAUUCCCAGCAGAAAAGAGUUCAGCCUACAGACAUGGGGGUUGCAGGUGCAUCAAAGGCAGCAGCAGUAGAAACAGAUCCCUUGGAAGUGAAGGGGGCUAUGAUACUGGUUGCUAAGAACAGGUUUGGCUGAAUAGAGAGAAUGUAAAAUUAAUUUAUGCUUAGAAACAAAGCAAAGUGUUGGUAUAGAGAGUAGAACAACUUUUAUGAGGACCACAAUGGUUUGCAAGUGUUUGGAAGAUUUGUUCAAAGUUUGAAGAUACAUAAUGGCUUGAGAUUGUGCUUGAGAAAUCAGGGUUGCAUGCAGUGUGUGAAGUUUGGAUGCGUGUCUUAGGACAGUGAAGGAUGCCUCUCUUGGUCUGGAGUUUGGUAGAAGAUAACAGGAAGGAUUGCCACUAUGACAUGAUAAUUCGAGAUUUGUCAGUUUUGUGGUAAUGUGAGGGCUGAGGUUUUUGGUGGGACAAAGUGGAUUCAAAGUCUGUAAGGGUGGUAGAGAAGCUGUAACUGUGGUAUUUUGGAGUUGGAGGGCAGGAAGGUUUGAUGGUUUCCAGGCUGAUCAUUGUUGGUGCUGUGAGGUACUGGACAGAUAAUGGAAUAAAAUGUUUUACUUGCCUUCUGUUUGCAAUGUUGGUCUUUUCCAGCAGAAUGGUGAAGAUUAAUCUAGUCACACAACUUCUAAUGGGAAAAAAGUUCAACUAUUCAUUGGAGUAUUGUGCUUAUGAUGCACACUCUAUCCAAACUGAAAUUUGGACUGCUUUGCUCUACUGUAGGCUGCAAGUUUGUUUCUUAAGUACUAAUCUAAAGAUGCUUCUGCUGCUGUGACCAUAAGUUCAUUCAAAAGUGAUUAUGGUGAAAGAAGACCUUAGCAUGCAGCAAAUUAGAUCUCUGUUGUCUGAAGUCUGUUGAGUGAGAUGUUUUGUGUUGUUUGGGGGUUUUUAAAUGAUUACAUGUCAGUAUAUAGUUCCAUUAACACUAAAACUGUGCAUGCCAAGCCUCCAGUGGCCAUUGCUGUUGAUUGAAAGUACAGCUUGAAAACGUGUCUGCCAAGUGAAAGGCAAAUAUCAAAAAUUACUUUAGCCUUGAUCUUGAAGAGCCAAGUGGGUGACAGGAAAUUCUAAAAUUCCUUUCAGUGUUAUAAGACUUUUCCUGUUUCUUCUUACAAACUGCCAGGAAGUUUGUGAAGGAAGGAAUUAAGACUUUAGAAGGUGAGUGUGUCAUACGCUGCACUGACUGGGUCCUCAAUUCAAACUCCAAAUAGUGUUUCUUUUGUCAAGCUGUCAAGCCUCACAGUGAUACUGUGCUAGCAGGUAUGCUGAGGUUUUGAGGAAUUAAAAAUCUAAAGUUAGUGCAGAGAGUAAGUGCUUUAUAUACAUUUUCACAAUAAGAUGUUUCCAGAGUAACAUAGAUUCUGUAAUAGAGGUAAAAGGUCUGUUAAAGUCUUAUGGCUUUAUUAGAUGAUUCUGUAUGUGUUCUGACUUGUGCCAUAAUAUGUUGACCAGGCUCUGCUUAAAAUACCUUCUUUUGUGUUUGACUUCGAAGUUGCUGUUUUGUUAUGUGUUUUUUACUUGGGUCAUCUUUGUAGUAUGGGAAACUCACUGUCCAAAUUUUGGUCCUCGGGUAACAUGAUUAUUUUCUUUUUUUUUUUUUUUUUUCCUUCUUGUAACUCUAAGGAAUAAUGAGCACAAGCUGACUCAUUGUCAGCAAACAGGGCUGAAGUAAGCUUUCUUGCUUAGCUUUUCUAAUGACUCCUGUAGACAGCAGGAUGUUAUCUGAGGUUGCAGAGGCCAAGUCAGCUUCUGAUGAUGGAGAAAUAGCCACAGUAAUCAAAGACUUGGCUAUUGUUUAGAACAUCCUUCUUCCAGAAAGAUGCCUCUUCCUGUAGGCCUGUCUAACAGGGAAGAAUCUAUAGAGAGGAGCAUGAUAAUGGAACUUCAUGUUGGUGUUGUUUAUGCCAGAACAUAGUAAGCAAGGCAAAUUAACUCCAGCCUUGUGUAAACUUUUAAUUGGCCAACACAAUGCAAUUGAGUAUGAAUUCCAGGUGGCUUUGGAAAUGAAAGAGAACUGAGCUCUCUGGCUGGAAGCUGAACGUGAUGACGGCCUGGUCUAUGGUAGGGAAGCUGAAAAUGGAGAAGAGGCACUCCAGAGAAGACAGAAAUGUGGAACAAGAUGCUGGGGAAUGCAGUGCUGAAUCUGAGGAAUGGACGAGCUCAGAAAGUGAACCUGAGCAACCAUACUUCAGAAGCAGCUGUAGCAAUACUCAGUGGAGAGAAAAGGAGGUUUCCACUAAACCACAUCGGCCACUCUGUCGGUCCCCUUGUUUGGAUCGCCCAAGUUUUUCACAGAGCAGUAUCACGCAAGACUUGAAGCUAGACGAAUGCAAAACAAAUUUGGACAAGGAAUACCAAGCUAAAAUGGAUUUUGCUUUAAAGCUUGGGUAUGCAGGAGAUCAGAUCCAGGCUGUACUGAAUAAAUUGGGAGCAGAUGCGCUCAUCAAUGAUGUUCUGGCAGAGCUUGUGAGACUUGGCAACAAAAGUGAAUCAGAGGGACAAAGCAGUGCCAGCAGUACCACCAGUACUCUGGUACCAAGAGGCCCUUGCCCAAAGGAAAUAGCAAGCCCUGAAUUGUCACUUGAAGAUGAAGUUGUGGAUAACAGUGAUAACUUGAGGCCAAUUGUCAUUGAUGGAAGCAAUGUGGCUAUGAGCCAUGGGAAUAAAGAAGGAUUUUCCUGUCGGGGAAUUCAGCUAGCUGUUGAUUGGUUUCUGGAAAAAGGACAUAAAGAUAUCACUGUGUUUGUACCUGCAUGGAGAAAAGAACAGUCCCGACCUGAUGCACCAAUUACAGAUCAAGAAAUCUUACGGAAAUUGGAGAAAGAAAAAAUUCUUGUUUUCACCCCAUCUCGGAGAGUUCAGGGAAGAAGAGUAGUUUGCUAUGAUGAUCGAUUCAUAGUAAAACUCGCUUUCGACUCAGAUGGCAUCAUUGUAUCAAAUGACAACUAUCGGGAUCUUCAAAAUGAAAAACCAGAAUGGAAGAAGUUCAUAGAGGAGCGGCUGCUAAUGUAUUCUUUUGUGAAUGACAAAUUUAUGCCUCCUGAUGAUCCUUUAGGACGCCAUGGUCCAAGCCUUGAAAAUUUCUUAAGGAAAAGGCCAGUUAUUCCUGAACAUAAGAAACAACCGUGUCCUUAUGGUAAAAAGUGCACCUAUGGGCACAAAUGUAAAUAUUACCACCCAGAACGGGCAAACCAGCCUCAAAGGUCAGUAGCGGAUGAGCUUCGAAUAAGUGCCAAAUUAUCUGCUGUGAAAACUAUGAGUGAGGGAGCCUUAGCCAAAUGUGGCACAGGGCCAUCCAGCUCCAAAGGAGAAAUCAGUUCUGAAGUGAAACGCAUUGCCCCAAAACGUCAGUCAGAUCCAAGCAUUAGAUCAGUAGCUGUGGAGCCUGAGGAAAAGUUAUCAGUAGCCCGGAAGUCUGAGGCCAGCUCUGUCCCGUCUCUGGUUUCUGCAUUAAGUGUACCAACGCUCCCUCCACCAAAAAGCCAUGCAGCUGGUGCAUUAAAUACUCGUUCUGCAAGCAGUCCGGUGCCAGGUUCCUCACAGUUCAUGCAUCAGAAAUCCUCACUGGAACAUAUGUCCAGUGUGCAAUAUCCUCCUAUACUAGUCACCAAUAGCCAUGGCACCUCAGUUAGCUAUACUGACCAGUAUCCCAAAUAUGAAUCAUUGGGGGACCAUGGCUAUUACUCCUUACUCAGUGAUUUCUCCAACUUGAGCAUAAGUAGUAUCCGUAACACAGAUUAUUACGGGGCUGAUAUGGACCAGGGGAUGUAUUCUAGAAACUCAAGCCCCUGUCCUGACAAUUGCUUAAGCCAUACAAGUAAUGAUUCUUAUUCCUCUUACAAUGACUUGUAUCUGGGUGUAGCAGAUGCCAGUCCAGAAGACAAUGUGAAGAUCCACAGACUGCCAUCGCAAAAUCGACUUCAGCCUUUUUCCCAUGGUUACCAUGAAGCCUUAAAUAGAGUUCAGAGUUACGGAACUGAAGAGCCUAAGCAAUCCCUUCGCAAACAGUCAGUUUCCCACUUAGGCCUACAUGCCCAGCAUCCAGUUGUUGGAGCACGGUCCAGUUGUCCAGGCGAAUACUCUGUGCCUCAAAAUGUUCAUCCAUCAACUGCACAACCAAGCCGUGCCUUGGUCAUGACGCGAAUGGACAGUGUUUCUGACUCACGGCUUUAUGAAAGUAACCCUACAAGGCAGAGAAGACCACCUCUCUGUCGAGAGCAGCAUGCUAGUUGGGAUCCAUUACCAUGUGCAUCAGACUCUUACACUUAUCACUCAUAUCCACUGAGUAACAACCUCAUGCAGCCAUGUUAUGAACCUGUAAUGGUAAGAAGUAUGCCCGAGAAGAUGGAGCAACUCUGGAGGAAUCCCUGGAUUGGGAUAUGUGGUGAGCCACGGGAACCUCAUAUCAUCCCAGAACAUCAGUAUCAAACAUACAAGAACCUCUGCAAUAUUUUCCCUCCAAGCAUUGUACUUUCUGUGAUGGAAAAGAAUCCCCACAUGACAGAUGCACAACAGUUGGCAGCUAUGAUUGUUGCCAAAUUAAGAACAGGGCGUUAAAGCAUUACAGCUUCUUUUGGAUAAAUGAAACUAUACAGCAUAUAGGACCUGGAGGAAAACUUAAACGAUGAAGGAAGGGGCCAAUCUAUUGUAAAUAUUUUCUACUAAGAUAGUAUAAAAUUCUGUACACAGUAGCAAUCAUACAUAUGCUGAGGCACUAUAUAAGAGUUGAUUGUAUUGUAAAUUUUAAGAUUUUAAAUAUAGGGAUUUUUUAAUAGUAUUUUAUAGGAAAUGCAUACCUUGCUGCAUGGAUAGCUCAUUAAGAACUACAAUGUCACGUUCAGUGUCUCAAAGCUGUAACUACAAAAUUACUGUUAGCAAUUAUAUUGCAUGUAUUAGUGUACACUUUCAAUUUGCUUAUAAAUAUCUAAUCGGCCUUUAAAAGUAUGCUCUAUACACACCCAGAUGACUUUUAGGGUUUCAGCUUUGUCAUUUGACACUGCUUACUGGCAUAUUAAAUAUUGACAAAAAAGUAAACUUGACAAAAGUUAAAGCACUCAAUUUGUAAAAGAAAAAACUGAUUUCAGCUUUUGAAUUUCAAUAUUGUUGUUGGUACUUAAAUUUCAAAACUGUUCCCCAACAGGUUGAGUAUCUAUUAUAUUGUCCAAUACAUUGGCUCAGUCCAGCAGAAGCCAGAUACUUUAUUAAAUUAGGACCAAAACAUUAAGGAAUGUGAAGGUGUGAGUGCCAUUCAAUAAACUAAAAGAAGUUUAACUGUAGCUUCUCUCUUCAGAAUUGCCUCUCAACUGUGCAGUAAGCACAGAUGACCCAGUAAGCCCAGAUGACUAGACAAGCUGACCGUAAAUUGUCAGUUUUAUGUAAAUUGGAUUACUCAACCUGAAGCAGUGGAAACUGUAGCUCGUCAGUAACUACAGCCCUUCCUCUGGGGGCAAGGAUGGUGUUUAAGUGAGGCUAACAGUCAGAAUGGCUGUACAAGAUCAACUUGAGAAGGGAGGGUGGGGGGACUGCCUCUUGAAAAGAGAUGCUACAGUUUGGGUUUGUGGCAAAGCUGGCCUGGUUGUUUUUGCUCUUCAGAUCCACGCAAAGGUGUGCAUUUGCCUCAUGAAGGCUUUUAGAGUUCCUGUUUCAACAGGUGAGAUAAUUUUGUGUGGCAUUGUUUGCGCAACUGGUAUCUUGCUCAGGGUGGGAACCUUUGUAGCUAAAUGUCUCCAAAAGAGGCGUUUAUUGUUUUUUAAGCUGCACUGACUGGACGCCCUUUUUUGAAUCCAUUGUAUAUUUCAGCAUUUCGAACCAUUACUAACUCGAUACUUCUCGAGCUAGGACUUGUUGACUUCUACUGUAGUUUUUUUCAUGAAAGUUGAGAAGGCCUGGUUUAUGGCCUUUUGUUUCUUCAUGAGAAGGUGUGACACUGCCUAAAUGUUUCUUACUGUGAAACACACGGAACGUGAGGCUGCAGUCAGGGUUGUUUCUGGUGUUUUGAUAAUGGCUUGCAUGCUGCUUUCUAGUUAUCUGUUUGUCUGAGGAACAAAGUUAUAUCAUUUCCUCCACUUGUGUUACUGUAAUGGUUGGUUUGAUUCAAAUUAUCUUGUGGGCUCUCUUAUCAUGUGCAAAAUAUGUUCCUGUCAUAUAUUAAAGAAAACCCCAAACCAAUAACAAACUACAAUUACAGGUGCAACUACAGUUAAUUUACUGAUAUUUGAUAACCGUAUCAUUUCACACAGGAUGAAUAUUCUUGUGUUGGUACAGGUAACAUAUAUAAUGACCACGUCAUUAUGUAUUUAAAAUGAGUUAACUUGAAGGUAAUUCUGUAUUUACACUUGGUGUUUGAAAAUAACUUGUUUUAAUUAGUUGGUUAUCGUCUCUGUUAAUGGGAAAAAAUAAAACUUCAGACAUUUUUAAUAGUUGGGGAAAACAGAUUUAACUCUUGACCAGUUUUCAAAAACAUUUCUUACUAACCAGCAUUUUAUAUUUUUAAUUUGCGAUUAAUUCUUAUUCUCUUCUCUUGCAUGGUAUAAGCAGCUGAGAGCAAUGCCUCAAAUAACCAGAAAUGACCUUUUGUUUGUUGAUACAAAUUGUAUCUCUUUUUCUUGAUUGUAUAAAAACUGUGUAUAAAAAAAAAUAAUCUCUAGAUUAACUUCAGUAUUACAUUUUCACCACAAUGUUUGUGACACCAUGUGUCACAGGGAAGUAGCCCAUGAGUAAUUAUGGAUCUUUUUUAUUUAAAAUGGGCACUUGUAGUUUAUAGACAAACAAGGACAACUUUUCAGAACCAGUUUAUUAUGUGCACAGAUACUGUGUGUACACCUCAAAGCAUUACAUAGUUAUCUUUAGUCUAUUUAUUAAGCAGAUACAUUCUUGCACUAAACUUUAUGUAAAAAUGUUGCUGUUAACUCAUCUGCAUGUGUUUAAAAUGUAACAAUACAAUUGCUAUAGACCCUGCUUUAUUCGUAACGGAUUAAUUUAUAAAUUAUUUAGGUAUAAAAUGAAGUUUAUUGUGCACUCAUGUUUCCAUCUUGCACGGAAUUAAAUAUUUGUAUGUAGAAAAAUGUUUGUUCCCUUUUUCUCCAAUUAUAAAGAUAAGCUAUUUUAAGAGAGGUUUAGUAGGUGUUUUUGAUGUUUUCUAACGUGGAAAACUGAGCAGAAAUUUCUGUAUGAAGUGCGAGGUGGUUUAUGGAGAUAGUCAUUUUUGUAGGAUUUGUCUAGUCAUUUUAAUUUUCACUAACUUUUGUCUUGCUGAUAAGAGUAAUUCCUUUUUCAACAAUGGGAACGCUAUGCCAAUACAAACCCAGCAUACUAUUUCCCUAAGGCACUUUGAAGGCAAAUUGUCUUUUUCUAAGAAGCUAUUAGCAUCUAUCAUGCAUAGAGUUACAGAAUGGGCAGUGUGGCCUUGUGGAAAUAAUUUGCAAAUUUUGUGCUUGAUUAGCCCUCCUUAGAGGUAAUGAAACUUUUGUAUGUGAUGUAGUCUUUCCUAAUCAACUACUAUAAGUGAGAAUUCAGUCAUCCACGUCUGUUUUCAGAUAUGUUUACAAGCCAACUCAAAACACUGACACAUUCAUUAAUCUUCAGCGCAUAAGCUUAGAUUUCUUCUUACAUGGAAGAGUUGAUCUUACUAACACCUGAUCAUAACUGUUUAUAUUGUAAAUAUAAGACUUUGUAUAAAUGCUCUUUUUGAGAGCAUGGUAUUUAAAUGUUUUUAAAACUGUAAGAGAACAGUUCUAGAAACUAUAUUUUAAUAAAAUCCAUGACAUUACAAUUCUAGAUGAGAGGGGAAAAAAAAAAAAGUGGGAAGGUAAAAUCCUGGCCUACUGCAAUCAGCAAGAGGUAAGCAGUAGACUUCAGUGCUUUGCUGGGGCCAGAGUGUUUUCUGGGAGUUCUGAUUUACUGAUCUUUCAUCUUUAGCUAUAUUACUUUCACAUAAUUUGUCACUUAAAAGUGUAUAACCUUAAAUUCAUGAAUCAAAAAUCAAAUGCUUUAGGGGAUGUCAGUCCAGUUUAAGUUAUUUAAUGGGUUUUUUUUGUAAGAAUUACAUGUCAGUAAUAUAUUAAAUUGUACAUAUAGAUGAUUUCACUACUGUUAGUCCUGUUGUCGUAUUGAGCUGCAGUAGUUGGCUUUAUUCAUUUGUAGAAUUAAACAUUAUUGUUUGUUGUAAAAUUUUAUAAAUCUCUUUGGGUUUUUUUGGUUGACCCAAAUAUAAUGUAAGUCUUAAUGACAAAAUGAGUGAAAAUGGAUGUUAAACCAGUAUGUGGUAUUCGUAAAUCUCUGUAGUAAUAAGUGUGCACUGAUCUAGUUGCUGCUGCAUGUAAUUCAUUCGCUAGCAUGAGUCUGUUUAGCUUUCGUAAAAAUACUUUAAUUGUAAACUUAAAAAUGGAAGGUGUGGGUAUGGUUGCUUAGAACAAGCAGAAGGAUCCUCAUUAAAAAAACAAACAAAACCAAACCAUUUAUCUAGGUGAGUUCUCCCC